UUGUGUGUUUUUCCCUCUGCAGGUCAGUCCGAGCUGAAAAUGAGUGCAGUAGGGGAAAGCCCGCUGGACCCUGCCACGCCAGAGUCACGCAAGAGGAAGGGCUCACCAUGCGACACGUCAGGGCAAAGUUUGGAGAAGCGGAGACGGGAGCUGGAAUGUCGCUACAUCGAGGAGCUGGCCGAGCUGCUGUCGUCCAACAUGGGCGACAUCGCCAGUCUCAACGUCAAGCCAGACAAGUGCCACAUCCUGAAGAGCACCGUGGACCAAAUCCAGCAGAUCAAACGGCGUGAACAGGAGAAAGCAGCUCUUUUGUCUCCGGAUGACGAGGUGCAGAAGAGCGACAUCUCCUCCAGUAGCCAGGGACUGGUGGAGAAGGAGGCGCUGGGGCCCAUGCUGCUAGAGGCCCUCGACGGGUUUUUCUUCGUCGUGAACCGGGAGGGCCGCAUCGUCUUCGUGUCGGAGAACGUGACGAGUUACCUUGGUUACGCUCAGGAGGAGCUGAUGACGUCCAGCGUCUACAGCAUCCUGCACGUUGGAGAUCACAACGAGUUCGUACGCAAUCUGCUGCCCAGAAGCCUCG